AUGGCGGACGACACAGAACUUCUUUGGGAUCACGCGGCCGAUGUCGAGUUUGAGAGUAGCGACAUGGCGCAAGGGGCUAAGCAUGGUCACUCUACAUUCUACAGUGCUGACAGUAUAUAUCUCAGCUGUGAGCAGGCACAUGAACUGAUCAGUGUCCUGGACUCCACAAGGGAGAUAAUCCUACAUUACUUGGACAAUGUUGAGGAAUCUCAGUCACAGAUCACGAGAGCGAGACAGGGAAGGCACAACAACCGCUGUUCCCCAUGUUUUCGAGUACUCAAGCAAAAGGUUUUCCCCAAGAUCUCGAAAAACAUCUCUGUAGUUACCAUAGUCCUCCAGGCCUUGAAUCUGGUGAUCCUUACACUGAUUGACUUCUGGCCCAGGAAGGACGACCAGGUGGUGAUCAUUGUGAGUGCUUCGUCCAUGAUACUGCUACAGGUGUUGAACCUGGUAGCUCUUGUGUAUACGUCCGUGUUGCUGGCUAAGUUGUUGCUGAGGCGUCGAGUUACGGCCUUCGUCCUGGCACAGAGCUACAUAUCUUCCCUCUUCCUGUUUGCUGGUCUCUACACACUCACAUACAGACUUGAGCCAAAUUCAUGGAAGUUUAUCCAGGAAGAUCUGAUCUCUGAUCCUGUCUUUGUGGUGGUCCUGUAUGCCAAAUUCCUCUUCUUCUCCGUUUCCACGGCAACAUUAUGUGGAUCUGACAAUGCCCUGCCUAAAGACUGGUACAACUGUAUAUUUGCCGCAGCUCAGAUGCUGCUAAGUUUUGUCUACUUUGCCUCCAUUCUGAGUCAGUCGAUGAUGCCAAAACUUGCCGACAUUAUUCGGAAUCAAGAAUCACAACAAGGGCCAAGGUCAUCCCCAAGGCCAAAGUCGGCACUGUCGGACGGAGACGCUAUGAUUCCUUCAGCCCACAAGGAAAUGUGGCCCCUGAAUUCUCAGUCAAUGGCGAACAUGUUGUGAACAUUGAUGACGAAGAGAACAGAUGACAGGGUGUAUGAUGCAGACAAGAGACAUCGCCAAACUGUGUUCAUUUGGUCAGGACUUUCAGGCGCUCCAUUCUACAAAUACCUAGUGCUUCUAGUGUCUGUUUGAACCAAAGUGGCCUUACUGCUUGUGCAGCUCCUGCUAACAUUUUGUGUGUGUGUGUGUGUGUGUGUGUGUGUGUGUGUGUGUGUGUGUGUGUGUGUGUGUGUGUGUGUGUGUGUGUGUGUGUGUGUGUGUGGCCAUCUAGGGUGGUGUGGUUUGGGUGCAGCCAUGUUUCAGACA